GAUUUUGAUAUGAUUAUAUUGAAAUCAGUGCAUUGCAAAUAAUAACUGAGCAGUGUUUACAGUAGCUACGGAGGGUUCGUGUCAAUAAAUCAUAAAAUAAUAAAACAAAAUAUGACUGUGUUUUUAGCCGUUGCGGGUGUGUUUCUUACAAUCAAUAUAGUUUUUCUUAUUAUGUCGCUACUACACACACUCCUUAAAAACGAUGAUAAGGGUGUGCCAAGAGUGUCGUUGGCUCCGUCAGCUUUGUCGUGCGCAGAUACUGAACGACGCCACAGCAACAAUCCCCACGUGAUUAUAUUCGACAAUAUUUCCCGUAUACGCACAAACAGUACUUCUAUACACAACACUCAAAAAGCGUCGAGAUUCUGGCAGAAAUUCAAGUGCAGGAAUAAACAAAACAGUAACCAACGACAGCAGCAGGAAACAACGGUCUAUGAUGAUAUCAUGGAGACAAAUUCCUCGAAUAUUUUUUCCCCAGACAUUAAAGUAUUGCUCUGAUAACAAUAGAUCUAACAUUUACACUGACAGGCUUUGAUAUGUCCCCAUUUGAUAUCUUGUUUUCCUGGGUACCUACCUAUGUAUGACUUGACAGUAUCAAUUACCUCCAAUGCUGGAAUAUUUCUAUAAUGUUGGUAUUGCCGUGUGGUUCUCGGCACCAACAAAAAAAAGAAUAGGACCACUCCAUCUCGUUCCCACGGAUGUUGUAAACGGCGACUAAGGGAUAGGCUUAUAAACUUGGGAUUCUUCUUUUAGGCGACGGGCUAGCAACCUGUCACUAUAUGUAUGUCAAUUCUAUCAUUAAGCCAAAUAGCUCAAUGUGGCCCAUUAGUCUUUUCAAAACUGUUGGCUCUGUCUACCCCGCAAGGGAUAUAGACGUGAUUAUAUGUAGGUAAUCACCGUACCGUUAACAUACUUAAGGCGGCAUGCAACUUUUUUGUCUACCCCGCAAUAGACUGGACUAUAUGUAUUUAUAUAAGUAAAAGUUCAAUCACAAAUGUUAUAUACAUACAGAUUAUAUAUAUCUAUAUAUAUCAAUGCGGUAUCCUGUCUUAGAUGGCUCUCUGAUCCGAUGAACUCUUUUGACUGUACAAUUAUGUACAAUUUUUAUUAAGGUAUGAUUAUAAAUCUUAUAAUUACAUUAAGAUAUUGUAAAAAUACCUACUGGAUAUA